UGUCCGGCCCGUGGCGCCGCUCGCUCCCUCCCGGGCUUCGGCCUGCCCCACCGUCUCCGGGGCCCGGCCCCCUCCCGAGAGCUAAGAUAGGGGGGCUGUACUGGGGAGCGUUCCGGGGCGCUCGGGUGCUGGCCACCAUGAGCAAACGGAAGGCGCCGCAAGAGACUCUCAACGGGGGUAUCACCGACAUGCUCACAGAACUCGACAACUUUGAGAAGAAUGUGAACCAGGCUAUUCACAAGUACAACGCCUACAGAAAAGCAGCAUCUGUGAUAGCAAAGUACCCUCACAAAAUAAAGAGUGGAGCAGAAGCUAAGAAAUUGCCUGGAGUAGGAACAAAAAUUGCUGAAAAGAUUGAUGAGUUUUUAGCAACUGGAAAAUUGCGGAAACUAGAAAAGAUUCGGCAGGAUGAUACAAGUUCAUCUAUCAAUUUUCUGACUCGAGUUACUGGCAUUGGUCCCUCUGCUGCAAGGAAGUUUGUUGAUGAAGGGAUUAAAACAUUAGAAGAUCUCCGAAAAAAUGAAGAAAAAUUGAACCAUCAUCAGCGUAUUGGGCUAAAAUAUUUCGAAGACUUUGAGAAAAGAAUUCCUCGAGAAGAGAUGUUACAAAUGCAAGAUAUUGUACUAAAUGAAGUUAAUAAAGUGGAUUCUGAAUACAUUGCUACAGUCUGUGGCAGUUUUAGAAGAGGUGCAGAAUCGAGUGGUGAUAUGGAUGUUCUCUUGACCCACCCAAGCUUUACCUCUGAGUCAACCAAACAGCCGAAACUAUUACAUCGUGUUGUGGAGCAGUUACAAAAGGUCCAUUUUAUUACUGAUACCCUGUCAAAGGGUGAAACGAAGUUCAUGGGUGUUUGCCAGCUUCCUAGUAAAAGUGAUGGAACAGAAUAUCCACACAGGAGAAUUGAUAUCAGGUUAAUACCCAAGGAUCAGUAUUACUGUGGAGUUCUCUAUUUCACUGGGAGUGAUAUUUUCAACAAGAACAUGAGAGCCCAUGCCCUAGAAAAGGGCUUCACAAUCAACGAAUACACAAUUCGUCCUUUGGGAGUCACUGGCGUUGCUGGGGAACCCCUGCCAGUGGAAAGUGAAAAAGACAUUUUUGACUACAUCCAGUGGAAAUACCGAGAACCCAAGGAUCGAAGUGAAUGAGGCCUCUCAGAGCAUCCUCCCAUGCACAGCUCCAUAGGAUUAUUCUUAAUUUAUUACUUAAUCUUUGCUAUGUAAGGUCUUUGCUAUGCAUUGGUGUGUUUCAAUGAUUGUUCCUCAUCAUACUUUAGCUAGCAUUGUAGUGAAUAAAACCUCUUGUGCUAUUAAAAAAAAAAAAAAAGAAUAA